AUGAACAAAAACCAUCGUGGGAUAUGCAAGUUUGAUAGCCCCAAAGACCCGGAUUUCAUCUUGCUUCGAAAUUCGCUCUGUCAGACGAUAGAGAAGAUCAUGCGCAACGUGUCCUCAAAACAGCACAUGCACGACUCGCAGAUGCUACGCGGCCUGCAGGAUUACCUCGGUGUUCGUGAUAAACCGGAAGACGAUCUUUGCGAGUUGGAAGACAUUGCGCUCCCAGGCUCGGGCCUCUGGUUCUUGGAACUGGAGUUGUUCCACAACUGGCGCGAUGGCCCACUGUACGAUAUGAAUGUAGCAUCGAGCCCAACCACUCCUCGGUCGCUACAGCUGUUGUGGGUCAACGCUAUGCCUGGCGCAGGAAAAUCUACGUUGGCAAGCCAGGUUGUGGGUCAUCUCGAAGCUGUCAAUAUGGACUGCUGCUAUUACUUCUUCUCGCUAGAAGAACGAUCAAAAUCGACAGUUAGUGGAAUGCUGCGAUCCAUUGCAUAUCAAAUGGCGCUGCUACAUCCUUGCGUCCGAGAAAAGCUUCUGCAACUGAAGGAGACUGGCGUUCAGUUCGACAGCACAAAGGAGAAGCUCAUAUGGCGGAAACUUUUCGUUGGUGGCAUCUUCAUUUGCCCAGUUAGUCGACCGCAGUACUGGAUUAUCGACGCUUUAGACGAAUGUCGAGACUUUGAGAACUUCCUCAGCAUGGUCAGCAAGCUGGAAGCGGUAUUCCAAAUAAAGAUACUCAUCACAAGCCGCCCAACGCCACAGAUUCGGACCAAAAUGGUCAUCCUGGGUGCGAGGGUAACUGAACACAGCUUCGGUGCUGAUGAUAUUCGGCACAACAUUGAAAGAUUCGUGAAGAGCGGCCCGCAAUCGCACAUUCUCCAACGAGGACCAGCAAAACUUCGCAGUCAACUUAUUGAGAAGAUACUGCAAAAGUCGGAAGGUUGUUUCCUGUGGGUCCAGUUGGUGAUGGAGGAGCUAGAACAUGCUUACAGCAUCGAAGACAUUGAGCGCAUCUUGGACGAAAUGCCGCCGGGUAUGGACAAGCUUUACAAAAGGACGCUGACUGAAAUUCUGGAGACGGACGAGGAGGGGAAGAAGUUAACGAAGGCUAUCCUCAGUAUUGUCGUCUGCUCCAUGCACCCGUUGACCGUUGCGGAACUCGCCAAUGCGCUCAAGAUCCACCUUCGGGUUACGUUGCUUGAACACGCGAUCAAGUCAGCAUGUGGAAAUCUGAUAUACGUCGAUAAGGCCAGCCGGGUGUGCUUAGUACAUCAGACAGCUCGAGACUAUCUGUUGAACCAUGGGCUGUUCGAGACUUUCGGUACAAACUCGACUAUUGCGCAUCACUCUCUAGCAAACUUAUGUCUAGAGUACCUCAAGAGCUCUCAAAUGAGGUCCGUAAGGAUGCUGGCGUCUCCUGGGCCAUCCACGGUACGUAUUAAUCGCAGGCUCGAGACUUCGCCUUUCGCCCAGUACGCAUGUCUUCAUUUCAGCGACCACGUUCGACGAGGAACUUCCGAGGACGAUGUUUUACUGGACAGUAUCCACAAGUUCCUUACUACCAAUGGUCUUAGCUGGAUUGAACAUGUCGCUGCUACUGGCAAUCUACGGAUUCUUAUACAGGCCUCUCAGAAUCUACGUGGCUUUCUUCAAGCACGGGCAAAGCACAAGCCGCUGAUUGACCAGAAGUCGACAUGUGUGCAGCAAUGGUCUGUAGACCUGGUUCGCAUAGUGGCCAAAUUCGGCAAAAAUCUACUCAGGCUACCACAAUCGAUCUAUGGACUCAUUCCUCCCCUUGUACCGCGCGAGAGCGCUCUUCUCUCUCAAUACGACAGUCGCAGGGGCAUUGACAUUGCCGGUAUCUCGAACAAGUUGUGGGAUGAUCGUCUUUGUGGAAUGUCUUUCCAUGGCAAGCUUGCCACUGCGGUCGCGAGUGGAGAGUCUACAUUCGCGGUUGGCUUGCGAAGUGGGAUGGUCUACGUGUAUGACCAUGCUACAUUUCAAGAAAUUAAUUGCUUCCAACACCAGGAAAUGGUCAAAAUUCUGCAGUAUAGCUCAUCAGGAGAUCUAUUGGUUUCCGCGGGCUUGAGAUACGUGAAGCUCUGGAACGUCUUUGACGGUGUCAAGGUGUGGGAAGAGAAAGUGACUGCGGAGCCACUAGCACUUUCCUUCGCCCAAGAGGACCGCCAAAUCAUUGGCAUCACGAGAAACAACGUUCUGGUAGUGCGAGAUUCAAUGGACGGUAAAUUGCUGAAGAUGACUGUGCGGCCGUACUCAAAUGCUGGGCGAGGUCUUCAACUUUUCCCUGGCGGCGACAUAACAUGCGCCAGCCUUGACGUCGCUUCGAACAUGCUGGCUACAGUACAUCGCGGCCACCCCAUCAUUCUGUCAGAACUUGAUACCAACGAAGAGAUAGCUCAAUGUGAGCCGGAUUCGGAUUUCGACACCGCAAACUUUGACUUCCUAGAGCCAGCUGCAGCCAUCGAGUUUUGUCCCAACUCAGAUAUCAAUCUCUUAGCUGUCGUCUAUCGAGACGGAGGUCUUGCGACAUACGACCCCAGCGCACAAGGUGCCUUGAUCGAUACAGUCCAUGAUUUUGAUGUCGAAAAACUUGCAUGUAGCCCCGAUGGCCGUACCCUCGCGGUUGGUGACAGCACCGGCGCGAUACUACUCUACGAGACAGAAACGUUGAGGCUUCUCUAUAAAAUCACCCAUAAGUCAAACCAUGCUAUUCGAAACAUCACGUUUAGUGCUGACAGCGAGCGCCUCAUCGACAUCCGCGAGUCGCAAUGCAAUGUUUGGGAGCCGCCAGUGUUGAUGCGCACGGAACCGCAAGAGACGGAAAGUAUGUCGGAUAUGCUGCCAACGCUUGACGAAAAUCUUACGAUAGAUGAAGAAGUGGCGGAGAUAUCCGCUAUAGCCUCAACGGCUUGCGGCAAGUUCGUGCUGUGCGGUACAGAUAACGGCGCCGUGGCAUUGCACCUGACAGAAACAGGAGAGCAAAUCCAACUUUUGUACGAACAUACGACACGUAGUUGGGUGUCUCAGAUCGCUGUCAGCCCCAAGGCUGUUGCAAGUAUAGGUGGGACGAAUGAGCUCACCGUCAAAACAUAUCGGGCUAUAGAUCGCUGGGUGUGCGACGAUGUUCUGCAUACACAUUAUCAAGAGCCCAUCCGCCAACUGCUUUUCAACGCCCAAGGCUCCAAGCUGCUAGUUGUUUUGAACGACUCAGUUGAACAUUUCGACCUCGAAGCUGAGGGAGUCAACAGCAGAUCUGAGCCUACGUCCGAUGAGAUCUGGGCCAAUGACCCGACUCGACCAGACACGCUUUUCGCGAUCCAGUACAACUUGAUCAGGCAAUUUUCGUGGGACAGCUUCAGUUUGAUAUCAACCCUGGGAAACGCAGAGAUCGUUGCAGACGGUGAGCCAAGGUUAGUCGUGCAGCACGCGGCACCAACCGCUGGACGAAAACACAUGGGCAUCGCAUUAUCCAAGGGUGACAAGCGACCAUUUGCGAUACUCACUGCACUGUUGGACUGCUCGAGCUUCCAGAAAACGGGCGCAACGCCACACGUAUUGCACCCAGUGACAGCAGGCGACGAUACAAAGGUUGAGCACAUUAUCGGCAUCCAAGGAAACAAACUUUACUUCCUUGACAAAGACUUGUGGCUGUGCUCUCUCGCACUCGGUGUACAAGGUGCUACAUGUUCACACCACAUGUUCAUUCCCGAUGAGUGGCUCAAGGCUAACAACCGGCCUCUACUACUUCUCACGACAAAAGGCGAACUUGUGAUUGCGAAAAGGGAUGAAAUUGCUAUCAUCAAGCGGCCGUUGACUUACACUAUUGCAUUCUGA